AUGGCGGCCACCGUGACACUAGGAAAAGACGACGCGAGCAUAUUGAUUGAGGACGAGUAUCUGCGGGUGGGUAUUGUGAGGUGUUGGAUAGAAAGGCGACUCAAAGUCGACAGGUGCUACCAGUGCUCGAAAUACGGCCACACGUCGAGCAAGUGCAGGGGACCAAACCUGGCAAAGCAUUGUUAUAAAUGUGGAGAGGAGGGGUAUCAUCUCAAAGAGUGCAACAAUAAAGAGGCCUGCCCUGUCUGCAGAACAAAAGGACACAAAGCGGGCACGAUGAAGUGUCCGGAAUUUAAGAACGCACUGACUAUAGCCAGGAGAGACGAGCGAAAACAGAAGACCUGGAGAGGUGCAAGGAAAAUUAAUAUAACGGAUCUGGUGAAAAAGAAGGCAGAGAAACCUGAGGAAAUGCCAGACCAGGAGCUAGGAGGAAAGCACACCGAAAAGGAGGAACACCCGAAAGAUAUGGACCAAUAUCUGAAAGAUUUCUCAGACAAGAUCGGAGAAGCACAGAUGACGUUAGAUGCCAUAGACAAUUAA